AUGGCUAGUCCCGCUGUCACAUCAAGACAAAAGGCAUUUUUUUUCCCCCCAACCAAUCUGGUGUCUCUGGUGCUUCACUUAAAUCUUGCUGGUGCUAAGCGUGUUCUUGCUGGUGCUGCCAUGGUGUUCUGUUGCCAGACCCGCGAGGCCAGGGAACGAGAGAGAUGUCUAUUUUGCUGUUUUGGAUUCUUUUUUAAAAGGGAUCAGUCACAAAAGUGCCACUUGAGAGUCUUUUCUCUUUCUCUACGUGGGGAUGAAUAUCCAGAGGUGUUUUGGAGCAAACCUUGGGGUCUGGGAGGGAGGAGGUGGGUGCUGAUGCCACUGAGUGGCUUGCUGGUUACGAGAUAG